AGACGAAAUAUGUGGAUAAGCUGAUGAAAAAAUCCAAGCAAUUCGAAGUAGAAUAGCAAUCUGCAAUUCGUGAAUCAGAUAGAAAGCAUAGAAUUGAAAAAAAUGGAGGUGGCUAUCUCUUUGAACCCCCUAUCGAGACCACCGCCUCGAAGAAUUCCGGUGGACGGCGCCACUUAUUCGUCACUCAUAUGCUCCGGAAAGACCGCCGCCGCCGCCGCCCGGAAAAGGCAACGCGGUGGAUGUUUAUUGGUGAUUGAAGCUAAGGGAAAGAAAGGGAUGGCACCGCGUCCUUAUCAGCGCAUGAGUCCUCCUCCCCCUCUUCCCCAGCUUGAGGAUGAUGGCAACCCCAAAUUCGUCAUUUUCAUUCGCAUGGCCAGUAUUUAUCUUUGGUUCCCACUCAAUAUUGUUACUGGUGGUACAAGUGCGAAACUUAUGGUUGCUGCAAAGGAAAACUUUAUUGGGAAGUACAUUUACAAGGAUACUCUAGCUAGGAAUCUUGCAGCUGUUGUUUACCGGGAUGAAAAGGAGCUACAAAAAAUGGCAAUGAAACGACAUCGUGUCUUGCGUUCUGCUACAGAGUUUAGAUAUGGAUACAAACUUGUUGAGAAUAAUAAUUUGAGGGCUGCACUCUCUACCUCAGAUAUCAUCGAGCUUCCACAAAAGCAUGAGCUUAAAACCGUUCUUGAUAAAGUGAAGGACUUCUUCGGAGACGCCAAGGAAUCAUUUGGGAAACUGACAGCUCUUAAUUUGUCUUCAGAUUCAACCGGUGAAGAUUCCGAUGAGAAUUCAAAUGAAAAAACUAUGUGAGCCAUAUGGUACACACACACACACAAAGAAAAGCCAACAAGGGUAAAAUAAUCAUUUCACCAUUACCAUUUUACCUUUACAUAUACUUUUCCCCCUUACUUAUUCCAUACAACAUGGGUAAAAUAGUCAUUUCACCCUUUAAGUGUCAUCCGGCCAUCUGGGUGGUCAACGUGAUAAAAAAAUUUAGCAUAAUUCCAACAUCUGAGGACUGUGAACUCAGUGUGAAAUUAUUUGCUUUGUUGUCUUUUUACAGUUUACUUGACAUUAUGUGUGUGCUUGUACACUUAUCAGGUUGAAAGGGUAAAAAAAAAAAGGCGGCGUAUGGGGGGGAAAUGAGGUUCAUUUGAAUUCAGAUGUGGACAGAAGUAUAAGAAGAACACAAGAGGAAGGGGAAAAGUUUUGGCCUUUUCAUUGUGUUGAUACCCUACAAGAGGAUUGUUUCUUGUACUCUAGGGGCAAACUGUAUUGCACACUCCGAUGUACCUACUUUCGUGUACAUACAAUGAACCUUAUGUAACUCGUAAAUGUGCAUACGCUCAAUGUGAGCUUUUCGGCAAUUUCAUUGUUAAGAUUUCGUUUUUUCUCUUUUACGCGUCAUCAGAAGUGUUAUUA